AUGGCAGGCGCAGGAGCGACUACUGAGACGCUUUCGGUGCACGAAAUCGCCGCUUUGACCGACGCACAGCUCGCCCAGUUCAUGCUAAAGCACCGCCGUCGCGAUGGCGAUUUUGACCUGCCCAUCGACGGCUGGGACAAGCUUUCAACGCAUGAUCGGAAGCUACUGGCAGAAAGAUUAAAACUCCAAGAACAGAUCUUGUCCCAGAGUCCCGCCACUCAGUCCCGCCCGCUUAAUCUUGACCAACUUGACGCACGUCUACGUCAAGUUUCCUAUAGCGACACCGUGCCGCAAUUUCAGAAACGACGGCCAGGACGUGUAACGCCGCCGUAUUCCAAAGAGGACGAGCGGCGUGACCAGGUAGACAACGAGACCGAGGCUUACAACGAUCUUGUCGGCCACGGCGGCCGUCCACUGUACCCGAUCAGCCUUCUAGAGCACGUUUCUCGAGACUUUAACAAAUACCGCGAGAUACUGCGGCCUUUUUGGAGCUACCCCCGUGACCAUCAAACGCCCUGGCUAGUAUUCCAGAGACAAUUAAACAGGUGGCAGUCGUUCAGGAAAUGGCAGAUCGACAAUCGAGGACUCGAAGACUACGAUGGCGGCUUCCCUGCCUUCGUUGAGAUGAUGAAACGCCUUUAUGCAAAGGACAAGAGUACUGGCGAGUUAGCUCAGCUUGAAGCCGAUUCUUCAUGGCUCAAGUCGGCAUGGCUAGAAGAACGAAGAGCGCGCAGGUGGCAGCGCCGGUGGCAACGGGAGCGCGGCUGCGCCGACUUCUCCGACUACGUCAACGCAGUGAGGCGCCGACUCGCGCGACAUGGGUUCACUCGACCGUUCCAGCUAAAGGAGGACCCUGAACAACAAGACGGAUUGACAACAUGGAUUGAGUACCUUUGCUUCGAGUACUGGUGGCUCGAUCGACACAAAGACUCUAUCAAGCGGCUGGAGCCCGACCACGAUAGACGCUGGCAGGAGUUAGUGGACCUCAAGGUUCCAAAACCUCAUGAAACCAAGGAGUUUAUCCGGACCACCCCGUCGUCAAUAGAACGUGGGAGAGAACGGGACCAGGCCUGGGAGGCCAGGCAGGCGGCAGCAGCGGAGGCCAGACGGAUCUAUUCAUUAACGCAGGAGGAUCCCAAACGCAUGAGUAUUCCGAAGGAGAAGCGAAUACGAAUGAUUCAAGUUGCCAAUAAGACCUUAGUAGCGGCGCAGCAGCGGUACGAAUCUACGAGGCGACGAGUUGAAAUGGUCACGACUUUCAUCAGAGCAACAUUCGAUUACGUGGACGCAAAGAAGGAUGCGGCCUGCCACGCCGUCCUCGCGCGAUGGAUCUGGCGCGAGGAGCAAUAA